ACUGAUCUCAUAAUGUCCGAAGAUGAGAAGCCAGUGGAUAGGUCUCUUAUGUUGUUUGGAAGAGAUGUUUCAAAAAUUCCUUGCUUUCGAAGUACUAUGUUGAGCGGAAUUUGGGGGGGCAUAGGUUGUGGUCUUGGUUACUUCAUGUUUACUAGUCGAGUGAAGGCUUCAUGUGAUGUAGCCAUGGCCUGUUUCACAUUGAUAUCUCUGGGUUAUUGGACACAGUGUAGGUACACUUAUUCGAAAACCAAAUUUGAAAUGAUGAGAAUGCAAGAAGCACUUGCUUUAGCUAACUUAUAUGAAGGCACAGAAAUGCAACGAAAAAUAGAAGCUGGUGAAAAAGUAGACGUAUAGUUGGAACUGCAUAAAUAGAAGUAAUUGUUAUAUCAUUGCUACAGAGUUGAAUGGAUAGACUAAGUAUAAAAUAUUUAUUUUA